UCGGGAGCUCCCUAGGGUUCUUGUUAGAGCCCAUUUUACAAGAAUUGAAGAACAAGCAGUUGUUUGGUUGCCAAGAAACCGAUGGAAAAUUUGGAGGGCGAAGGUUACAGAUUAGGCUUUGAAUAUCCAAACAAACGACGAACUAACCCAAAACCAACCCCAAAAGUAGACAAAAUAUAGACAAAUUUCAGUUGAUUGAACCGAAAGGCGAUUGAAUUUGGAGCCCAUUUCAGUUUCGACGACUUGGCGCGGAAAUUGGAAGUUCACAGGAACCAUUAAUUUUAGGUGGAAUUGGUCAUAUCUCCACGUAAUCUAACAGUCUUUGGAGUUUCAAUAAUUUUGCCACCAACCCAUUAAUCUCUGUCAACUAACUCAUGUAUUCAUCUUAUGAAGACCUGCCCUGAGGUCGAGGUUAUGGAGUUUGGACCAGGCAAGGAGACUCGUUCUGGGACCAAGUGGACCAGGAUUCACCUAUCUUGGGUGCUGUGGGUAUCCACGGAGCCGCCGCCUUCUGAACCUUCCAUAGCCUGUGAAACUUCGUUAGCUGCUGAAGGAAAACCCUACCUUUUUCCUUUCUUGUGUGUAGAGAGCUUGGAAGACUUCUCAUCAUGUUUAAAAUGGAAAAGCACAUCAAGCGCCAGGACUCCAAUAUACAGUUUAACAGAAACGUUCCAGGCUGCUUCUGGAGCAUAUUUCAUACUAUUGAUUACCAUCCCUGGCAUAAUGUUAAGAAGAUGCUUCCUUACAGAAGGCAUUCAAAAAGCAAGGGAAGUCCAAAAUCAACUAUGAACAGCCACCACGUUGCUGAAGCGACGGAACAAAUUAACGACGAAAACAAGCCUUUAUGGUGUACUGCAGAGAGUUGUCCUAUUGGCAGUAAACCGGGAGAAGGGUAUGUGAAUGAAGUGAUAAGUAAAGAGAUAUCAGAGGAAGAAAGCCAAAAAUACUGGAAAUUAAAUUCAAAUUCGAAACGAAGUUUGAGUCGAACGCAAUCUAUACAUCAUUUAGAGUCUUCGUCGUAUUAUUCUCGACAUAUAAGUCCUAUGGAAUUAGGUGCACCAGGAAUAAAGAGUAAUUCUCUGAAUGCCAUGGAUUCUGAAAACUACUUUACUCAGAGAAAGAUUGAUACCCAGUUGACAUCUUUUACAGAGAAAUCUAAUGGAGUAAGGAAAACCUUAGAAAGUAAACAGAGUCACUCAUUUAAGGAAGACGUUCAUAUCCAAGAGAUAUUUAAGGCAAAUCGAAAACUAUUUGCUGAAUUGUUACAAGGUGCACAGAGUAAGAAAACUCUCCAAACCCCGCAAAAUAAGAAGUCCUCUGCAAGUCUAGCAAAAUCAAGGUCGUUUCCUGCUCCUGGUUUAGCACGAAAAGGAUACAAAAAGCUUAGCUCACUCCAACACAAGCAGAACGAGUCCUUUCCGAAAGUACGAAAGUCUGGCUCUCCCCAACCAUCAAAGCUGGCUGAAUCUGAAUCUCCUAAGAAUUUUCAUGAAGAUGUGAUGCCUUGUGACUCUGAUAGUACUUCAAGCUCUAACAUGACGCCGCAAACAAGCUCGUCUUCCUUGGGCCCGAAUCGUGGAAUAAGGCAUGGGGGGUGGAAUCAGUUGGUUGUCAAGCGUUUCAAUUUUAUUAAACAGAAAAUAAGGCAUUCAUUCAAGGAGAGGAAGAAGGGAAAUAACCAGAAAACAUCUAAAGGAACACCAACCCAAACAGUGGAUCCCUCUGGACAUGAACUUCCCCUUAGAAGAGAAGAGGCGCAGGAAAGUUUAGGAACUGCCACGAGCGAUGAUGGCUUAGGCAUUAGAGGAUACAGUGAGACUGGCAAUUCUGAGAAUGAUAAUCUCAGUGAUGGAGUUCAAACCAAGACUAGAACUGCUUCUCUGGAAAGGUAUUCUAAACUGUCUGAUGGCUCGGGCAUUAGAGGAUACAGUGAGGCUUAUAGUUCCGAGAACGAUAAUCUCAGUAAUGGAGUUCAAACCAAGACAGGAACUGCUUCAUUAAAGGCUCCUCUGGAAAGAUAUUCUCAACAGCCCGAAAGAGAGGCAAAGUGCUUCCACUCACAAAGCUUAAGGCUGAUACGCGAAGAAACGAUUCCGAAUAUAGAGAAGCGUCGAAAAUCCUAUGGAAGGAAUCUUUCUUUGCCUGAUAUAGAUCUCUUUUGCACAUUAUUUACUGACCCUUCUCCUGCUGUUUCUCGCACAGAAAAACCAAAGAGGGGCGUGGUGCAUUCAAGUACAGAUAAUAAUAUGCGAAUAGAUGAGAAUCCAGCCCAUCUAUUAAACGAAGUGAUAUCUGAACCAUUGGAUAGUGAUUCACAGAGUGUGGUAGAAAAAAGUGAUGACAACAUGCCUGUUGAUUAUUCAUGUUGUUUAAACGAGGUAAAAAAUGAUGAGGGAGCUGCUUGGGCAGAUAGGCUUGAGGAGAAAAUACCUCAUCUAGAUUUUUCAGAUGGUGAACACCAUCAAGUAUUGGGUAGUGAAUGUGUAAUUGAAGAUGUCGAUGUCAGCGAGACUGUUGAUCAAGUCGGUGAAACUUGUUUUCGAGAUGAUGAAACUUCAAAGCUGUCCGACUCAGAAGGUUCCAUAUUAAAUCGUAGGUGCAGUGUUGCAAAUGAGCUCGAACCUUCUGAUGACCAACCUAAGGAGGCGAGGGCAGAAGCUUUAUCAGCAUCUGAAACCUUUGUCAAUCAUGAGAUAAUUGAUGCUGAGAAGAUUUCUAACUAUCUCCAUCUGAAUUCCGAUCUUGGUAGAAUCAACAAUGCUGACUUCAACUAUAUGAGGUAUAUUCUUCAGCUCUCCAGCUUUAUCGAAAGUGGUCAUACAAUAGACCGACCGCUCAGUUCUUCGAUAUUCGAGGGAGAGGAGGCCCAGUUUUACAAAAAACUUGAAUGCUAUUGGGAGAAGGUUGACAAAGGUUCUGAUCACCAGCUUUUGCAUGAUUUAGUUUAUGAGACAUCACACAAUGUGUUUGAAAAAUCAUUCACUUCUUUCCUUAAAACCUUCUCCUCGAGGAGCCAAAUCCGACCAAUGCCACUCGGGCAAUAUCUUCUCGAGGAUGUCCGAGAAAAAGUUUCCUGGUACCUAUGCUUGGGACCAGAACUAGACCAGUCAUUAGACGAUGUUGUGGGGCGAGAUUUAAGAAAAGGUGACGAUUGGAUGAACCUACAAACUGAAAUAGAGUACAACGCACUUGAGUUGGAGGAUUUGAUUCUUGAUGAGCUUUUAGAGGAAGUAAUAAGUUUUUAGGAUUCCUGGUUAGAUCAUGUUGUUGAUAAUACUGUAUAGUGGCGAUCUCCAAAUCAGUACAUAGAAGUUCUUGUUCUGUCAGGUCCAAGUAGGGGGAAUAGAAAAGAUUCUUAGCAUUUUCAAUCACACACAUACGUUUGUUUAUCUGUACUUGGGAGUUUCUUGUUUGGAUGUAUACAAACAACCACUGCAGUUUUGUGGCUCAUUUGGUUC